ACCAUGGCCAUGGCCAGCACGUUAAGCCCCAGCACCAUGACUGGGACCCUGGGUCCUCCUGAGAUGUCAGAGCGCAUCCAAAAUGCUGCUGACAUCUCUGUCAUUGUCAUCUAUUUCAUGGUGGUGAUGGCUGUCGGGCUGUGGGCAAUGCUGAAGACCAACCGGGGCACUGUUGGAGGCUUCUUCUUGGCUGGUCGAGAUAUGACCUGGUGGCCGAUGGGCGCCUCUCUCUUCGCCAGUAAUAUCGGCAGUGGCCACUUUGUGGGGCUGGCUGGGACAGGAGCAGCUUCAGGAAUCGCCACUGCAACAUUUGAAUGGAAUGCUUUGCUGCUGUUGCUGGUUCUAGGAUGGUUCUUUGUCCCCAUAUACAUCAAGGCAGGGGUGAUGACUAUGCCAGAAUAUCUGAGGAAGAGGUUUGGUGGGAAGCGACUCCAGAUCUACCUCUCUGUCCUCUCCCUCUUCAUCUGUGUGGCUCUGAGAAUCUCAUCAGACAUAUUUUCUGGAGCCAUAUUCAUCAAGCUGGCCUUGGGAUUGGACCUUUACCUGGCAAUCUUCAUCCUCUUGGCUAUAACUGCUAUUUACACGAUCACUGGGGGCUUGGCCUCAGUUAUUUACACAGACACCCUCCAGACCAUCAUCAUGCUGCUAGGUUCCUUUAUUCUCAUGGGGUAUGCAUUUGCUAAAGUGGGAGGCUAUGAGAGUUUUACAGAGAAGUACAUGAAUGCCAUCCCAUCCAUAGUUGAGGGGGACAACCUGACAAUCAAUCCCAAGUGCUACACUCCUCAGGCUGACUCCUUUCACAUCUUCCGAGAUGCUGUCACUGGAGAUAUUCCAUGGCCAGGAAUGAUAUUUGGAAUGACCAUUGUUGCUGUGUGGUACUGGUGCACAGAUCAGGUUAUUGUGCAGCGCUGCCUAUCAGGCAAGAACAUGUCUCAUGUGAAAGCUGCCUGCAUCAUGUGUGGGUACCUGAAGUUGCUUCCCAUGUUCCUCAUGGUAAUGCCAGGAAUGAUCAGCCGCAUCCUAUACACAGAGAAGGUGGCCUGUGUUGUACCUUCUGAAUGUGUGAAACAUUGUGGCAUUGAAGUCGGUUGUACUAACUAUGCCUACCCAGUGGUGGUGCUGGAACUGAUGCCUGAUGGACUGCGAGGUCUGAUGCUGUCAGUCAUGUUGGCCUCUCUCAUGAGCUCCAUGACCGCCAUCUUCAACAGUGCUAGCACCCUCUUUACCAUGGACCUGUACACCAAGAUUAGGAAACAAGCAUCAGAGAAAGAGCUUCUUAUAACAGGACGGCUAUUUAUCAUUCUAUUAAUUGCCGUCAGCAUUUUGUGGGUCCCAUUAGUGCAGGUAUCUCAAAAUGGACAACUAUUCCAUUAUAUAGAAUCAAUUUCUAGCUACCUUGGGCCUCCAAUUGCGGCUGUCUUCCUGCUUGCCAUCUUCUGUAAAAGAGUCAAUGAACAGGGAGCCUUCUGGGGUCUAGUCAUUGGACUUGUGAUUGGCCUUAUUCGCAUGAUUGCAGAGUUUGCCUAUGGAACAGGAAGUUGCUUGGCUGCCAGUGACUGUCCCAAGGUCAUCUGUGGAGUGCACUAUCUGUACUUUGCCAUCAUCCUCUUUUUUGUUUCCAUACUAGUUGUCCUAGGAAUUUCCCUGUUAACAAAACCCAUUCCUGAUGUACAUCUGUAUCGUCUGUGCUGGGCUCUUUGGAAUAGUACAGAGGAACGAAUUGAUUUAGAUGCAGAAGAGAAAAGACAUGAGGAAGUUGAUAAUGAUGUUGAUGAAGAUAAUCCUGAGGAACCUCAUGGAUGUCUCAAGAAGGCUUAUGACUUAUUCUGCGGUUUGCAGAAGAAAAGCCCCAAGUUGAGCAGAGAGGAGGAAGAAGCCCAGAAAAAGAAGUUGACAGACACAUCUGAGAAGCCUUUAUGGAGGGCUAUAGUGAAUGUCAAUGCCAUUCUUCUCCUGGCAGUGGCUGUCUUUGUCCAUGGGUAUUUUGCCUGAACUCUAUCUAAGCCACUAAAUAUUUAUUAAGCAAAGGAUAAUUUUAUUGAUUUUUUCGCUUUUAGAGUUUGUUGUGUUUCAGAAGGGAGAUAAUUUCAAAAGGGAUGAAGCAGUGGGUAAUUUUAUCAUAUGAGAUGACUAGACUAUAGACCUGAUUUUUAGUUUUUGUUGUUCUUUUGUGUCAAUUAAAAAAAGAGUUGAUAAUUUAGAAAGCCAGGGAGCUGACUCUAUAUUUUUGUGUAAACUAGAAGCAUUGUGUCUAAAUUUUUUUAUAGGUCACCAGGUAGAUUUCCCUACCUUACAUUUGCUUUCUAUUCCCGAGAUUUCCAUGUAGAAGGAAUGCCUCUCCCAACUCACAUAGUAACCUCCUCAUCUAUAAAACAGAUGACCUUUUCCUCUCAACUUCACUUCACUGACCUCAAGGAAAAUAGGAAUAUUUCCUAAGAGUUGAGGGGAGGUGAGCUAGAAAUGUCUGUUGUAAAUAUUUUUAUGAAUUUACUGGAAAUUAUUACCUUAUGUCUUAAAUAAAACCAUCCCAGUAAAUGUUAGCAUAUUAAGCCAUUGAUUUCUUAAGCUACUUUAUAAAAAUAUAAUUCACAUACCAUAAAAUGCACCUACUUACAGUGUACAAUUCAGUGUAUUUUAGAAUAUUCACAGAGUUAUUCAACAAUUACCACAAUCUAAUUUCAUAUACUAACAUUAAUUUGUUUAUUGACAUUGUUAUUUGGGAAUAUAUAUUUCCCUGUAUUUCUGUGUUAUUUUGACAUUCUGAAUGACAGUUAUCUUUUUGUAGGAUUAUAUGUAGUUUUAAAACACACCUUUUUAGAAGUAAAUCAGCACAUUAAAAUGUUUUUAAAAAAUUGCAUAAGAAACAUCUAUCAUAGGUAUGAGUGGAAGAGAGCCAAAGCAUAAGAGACUCUUAAAAACUGAGAACAAACUGAGGGUUGAUGGGCGGUGGGAGGGAGUGGAGGGUGGGUGAUGGGUAUUGAGGAGGGCACCUUUUGGGAUGAGCACUGGGUGCUGUAUGGAAACCAGUUUGACAAUAAACUUCAUAUAUUGAAAAAAAAAGAAAGAUCUAUCAUAUUGCUACAAAAUUCAAACAAUUCUUUGUUCUGUAGAAUUAAAUAUAAUACUCUCCACUGACAAUCUAUCACUCCCAUCUACUCCCACUAACUUUACAGAAGAAUAACUGUUAAUAGUUUAGAGCAUAUGUUAAAGUAAUUUUUCUAUUUUUACACAUAUUUUCACACUCUGCAAUCUUAUUCUAUAUGUUGUACUGUGACUGGCUUUGCCAUAUAAAAUUUAUCUUGGAGAUCUUUGCCUGUUAAUACAUAUGGGUACAGCUCCUUUUUAAUAGUUGCACAUUAUUCCAUGAAAUCAUUUGCCACAACUUGACCAUUUUUCUACUGAAAACCAUGCAUGUUGUUUUCAAUUAUUUGCUAUUAUCAAUGAUACUCUACCAUAUGUACCUGUAUAUUCAUCUUUUGGUACAUUAACAGCUUUGUUUUCUUUAAUAAUUGAUUCUUAGGAAAGGAAUACUGGAACAAGGGGUAUGAACAUUUAAUAAUUUGAUAAAUAUUCAAAAGUUAUGUUCCAAAAAUGAUUCACCAAUUUAUAUUCUCACCAUCAGUGUAUGAAAAUUCCUAUUUAUUCACACCCUUAAUUACAGAGUAUGUUAUCAAUCUUAAUUCAUUUUUGUCAAUUUGAUGAGUGAAAAAUAAUUUAAUUUUUUAAAUUUAUGUUUCUCCACUUAAUGAGAUUUUAUGUAUUUACACAUAUUUGUUAGCUAUUUGUGUUUUUUUCUUCUGUGAAUUUCUUGAUAUAUUUUACCAAUUUUCUAAUUCAUUUAUAGACAUUCUUUAGUCUAUAUACUUAUUAUUUGCAUUUGAAUUGCAAAUAUUUUUUCUUGAAGUCUUGCCUUUUAAUUUUAUGCUGUUCUUGAGUAUACAGAAGCUCUAAUUUUUAUUUAGUAAGAUAUAUUCAUCUUUUCCUUAUAGCUUCUGGGUUUUGUGGCUUAUUCUCAGUGGCUUACUUUGUCCUUUGGGAGUUUUUUGUCACUGUUUUGUUAUGCUGUAAAGAAUGUUGUCGCACCCUACUCUAUUUUGCAAUUUAUUUUUCUCUCUUUAUAAUAUGUGAUGGACUUAAUUAAACCCAACUAAUGUAAAUCACAAGAAUUCAUUUUAAUUUCUGCCUAAUAACAUUACAUUAAAUGCAUUCUAUUUCCUUAACAAUGUCCCCUUUGGAUGGAUAUCCUAAAUAUUCUAAAUAUCUUUUCCACCACAAAUAAUGUUGCAAUAAUUACCCUUAUACAUAGAUCCCCACUGAUGAUUUUAUAAGACAGAAUCCUCAAAGUAGUAUAAUUGAGCAAUUGAGAUAGUUAUUUAUAUUUUAAUAGAAUUGGCAAAUAACUUUCAAAUUUUGAAGCAAUUCACAUUCCUAUCAACAACAGGGAAUGAGUAGGCUAAGUAGUGCAAAAAGUUGUUGCUUUUUGAAAAAUUGCUGAUCAGUCCGGCUGGUAAAAAAUCUUAUAGAAGCUCUAAUUAAUCAUAUAUUUUCACUUCAGUGAGUUGCCUAUUUAUAACCUUUUUCUGGUUUUCUAUCUGGUGGUUUUUGAUGGGAAACAUUCUAAAGCAAAACAGGAAACCUAGAAACCACAAGAGAUGAAAAUACAUAUUUAACUAAACAAAUCGUUGAAUUUUUUAUAUCAGAAGGUAGUCCAAACAGAAGUUAACAUAUGGAGCCAAAAGGACAUUGCAACACAAGAAAAAGAAAGAACUCCCAUAAAUAAAUGAGAAGACAGCUAACAAACCUGAUUGUGGCACUGUAUCUGGAAGGAAAGAUACAAAGUUGGGCUUCUCUGCAUGUCAUGUAAUUCUGAUAGUCUAGAAAGCAGUCUACAAUGGUCAAUAAGUACAUGCCCAAGGAAGCUAUUUUCACAAAUUAUUCCAAGAGAUUUACUCCUUUGGUGAGUGAUGUUUGUUUAUCCUUGAUUUAAAUGGAGCUCUUCUAAUGUGAAAUCAAUAAGAAUUAUUUAGGUUUAUAAAAUUUUAUCUUAUUAUAUUAAGGAAGUUCUUUUUAAUUCCCAAUUUGCUAAGAGGUUGUUUUAAAAUCACAAACAGGUGUUGAACUUUAACAAAAACGUAUUGAGUUAAUAAUUGGUUUUCUUUCUUUAAAUGAAUCAUUGAAUUACUGUCUUGAAAUAAAGAAUACUGAAAACUGCUUCACACUACAUGCAAAAAGUAAUUUCAUUCAAAUCACAUCCCUAAAUAUAAAAACUAAAACCAUAAGAAAUCUAAAAAAGUAUAAAAGAAUAUUUUUGUGUCCUUGGAACAGAUAAUGUCUUUAUAGAGAGGACACUGAAAUACUGAACAUAAGAGAAAAACUGAUACAUUAGACUACAACAAAAUUAAAAACUUUUUUCCAGCUUUAUUCAGAUAAAAACAAUAUAUAAUAUUGUGUAAGUUUAAGAUGUAAAGUGUUAUCAUGAGAUCGUGACCUGAACUGAAGUCAGCUACUCAACCAACUGAGCCACCCAAGUGCCCCUCAAGAUAGUGAUUUCAUCUUCUUCAGAUAUAUACUCAGAAGUGGGAUUUUGGGGUCAUAUGAUAAUUCUAUUUUUAAUUUUUUUAGGAACAUCCAUAUAUUUUCCAUGUGGCUGGACCAAUUUAUAUUCCCACUAGCAGUGCACAAGGGUUCCAUUUUCCCCAUAUCAUUGCCAGAAUUUAUUAUCUCAUCUCUUUCAUAGCCAUUCUAACAGUUUUGACCAAUAUCUCAUUGUGGUUUUGACUUGCGUUUCCUUGAUGAUUAGUGUUGUUGGGUAACUUCAUGUACGUGUUGGCCAUAUGUAUGUGUUCUUUGGAAAAAUGUCUGUUCAAGUCCUCUGCUAUUUUUUUUAACUGGAUUGUUUGGGUUUUUGCUAGUGAGUUGUAUGAGUUCCUUGUAUUUUGGAAUGUUAACCGCUAAUCAGACAAAAGAUUUAUAAAAUUUUCUUUCAUUCCAGAGGCUGUCUUUUCAUUUUGUUUAUUGUUUCUCUUGCUGUGCAAAAGUAAACAGUUUUAGUUUAAUGUGG